AUGUAUAGCAGCAAAAUUGGUUUGGAUGAUGAAGUUGAUUUGGAAGACAUUUCUUUGAAUAAACUAGAUCAACUACCAAGUACCAACAAAUCUUAUGUGGUAUUUGACCUAGAGACUACUGGGUUAGCCAGAACAUCUGAUAUUGUUCAGAUUGCAGCUGUAUCUGGAGAGAGGGAGUUCAACAUGUGCUUGACACCGCAGUCCCCAAUUAGCCUUGAUGCAUCUGCAGCAACUGGACUUACUUUUGUUGGUGGUGUGCUGAAGCAUAAUGGCAGGAUGGUUGAACAUAAAGAGGCCUUUGAAGGACUUCAGCAGUUUGUUGAAUUUUUGAAGGCUGUUGAUUGUAAACCUAUUUUGGUUGGGCACAAUAUACAAAAUUUUGAUUUACCAGUGUUGAUGAAUCAGCUAGUCAAAUUUAAAUUAUUUGACAGUUUUGCAAGCACUGUCAUUGGUUUUAUAGAUACCUUACAGGUGUCUAGGAGAUCUUUCAGCAAAGAUGAUGUUAAAAACUAUAAACAAGUUACUCUUGUGAACACUUUUAUUGGAAAAGAUUAUGAAGCACAUAAUGCUAUUGCUGAUGUGAAGGCAUUGAAGGAACUUUUUGAAAUGAAGUUGUUGGCUCUAUGUACAGCUAAAGAUAUGUUCACAUUAAAUUAUUAUGCCAUUAAGAAGUCUUUAGAGCCCCUUGUUAAGGCAAAGGUUUUAUCUUCCAUGAUUUCAAAGAAGUUGAUUGUAAAUUCUCUUAGUUUGUCUAAGUUGGUGCUAAUCCACAAGAGGGAUCCACAUAAUGGGUUACGAAAUGUUUUUAGUGAACCAUUAUCUGGUUCAAAGCAGCCUAGAAUAUCCAAGUCAUCUAAUGUAAUCAAUAAAUUGGUUGAAUAUUUGAAUAACUGUUAAUGAUUACUGAUUGUAUGUAUUUUACUUUAGACAAUACAAUGU